AUUUUGGCUAGCUAUGUAGCCAGUGAUUAGUUUAGUUACAAAAAAAUGGAGUUGGCUAGUGAUUUAGGAGCUAUUUUGUCAAAUUAAGCAUUACGAAAUUAAAUUCUGACAGACUUCGUUUUGUUUAGCUUUGUUAAAUUUUAAACAAGCAGUUAACAAGAUGACACAAUACUUUAAAACAACGUUUUAUCACGUGAUAAUAAUAAUAUAACCCUCAGAAAGUGAAGUUACAUUUGAUAUGAAUCCAGGAACUCAAUAAAAAUAAACGCUCAAAAAUAGCAACCUGGAAUUUUACGUAGCUUAAUUCGUCACAAAAUGAAUUGAAAAACAACUCAACAACAAAAUCCAAAUAUAUAAAAAAUAUGAUUUAAAAUGUUGCAGAAUAAUGUAAACAAACCACAACUGUUCCUAACGAAACAGCCAAAUAUAUUUGUGACGAGGUUCCGGCCGUACGAUGGUAAUAUAAGAAAAACAAUGAAACAGUAACUUUGACAGACAGCGUACCCCAGCAAAACUUGUGUGAAUAGUAAAAUCGCUACCGACAGGGUAAAAUAGCGGCGAAAUUUCAACCCCGGACGCGGAGAAGCGAGGAAUCCAUAAACCAGUUUUGCAAACCGUGGUUUAUCCUGAUUUGUUUCGACAUCAGGCGUAAAAUUCAGAAAAAACGGGUUACACUUCAACUUUUAAACCGAAUUUUUGCUUGCGUAUUUACACCAGUACAUCAUAGCUAUAUUCGCCUACGUGUAUGUUAUUUAUAGUUCAUUACAUAUCUAUUUUUGUAGGAAAUGUAGUGGAAAACAUCGCAGAAUGUGAAAAACUAGCAACAGCUGAACAAUCUACAAAGUGUCGCGAACAAGGUGAUAAAAGAGAUAAAGACAACCGGCUAAAAAAAAUCGAAGAAAUACGCAAAACUGAAUGCCGAAAAGUAGACUUAGACGUGGCUCUUAAAUCUUUGGGAUGGAAUCCUAACCUCAAUCCCAAAACAUUCCCGCGGAAUUAUUGCGUUGGAGAAUGUACGUAUUCGGAUUCGUACUCUUCUGUGGAAUACUCAAAUCAUGCUAUGAUUCAAUCUAUAUUACGUCAAAAAAAAAUACAUCGUAUGCCAAAACCGUGCUGUGCCCCAAACAAGUUCGCAGAUCUAACUUUAUAUUCGUCAGUAGGCAACCGUACUAAAGUUCAUGUAAGAAAGGAUUUUACUAUCUUGGGCUGUUCAUGUCAAUAAACGAUGGGAUAUAAUAAUUAUUAUAUGUUAAUGGAGUAAAAUUGAUUCU